AUGUUCGAUGCCCAACAUCGCCUGUCCGCGACCUGGGCGUAUGUGACUACCUUACUGCCUUCGUCCUCUUCGUCCAAGUCUUCCUCGGCCAAGAAGCCCUCUCCGCAAUGUGACUCCUCCCAUUCAAUGCAAGUUUCCGCAUCGCUGCCACGGCCGAUUUCUCCUGUGCUUUUAGAACCCGUCGAACAUAAUAGCAUUCAGUUCUCACUUCCAGACCAGUCCAUUCAACGUUGCGCAUCCCCUACGCCGUCUGGCCCCUCCACAGGUGAGUCCGACGCUUCGGGCCGUUCCACGGCACCGUUUAUCGCGACCGUUCCCCCCGUUGGAUCCGAGAUUACUAUUUCCUCCGUGCACGCCCCUUUCCCUACUUCUUCUUCUCCUUCUCCCUCUUCUUUCUCCCCUAUGCCAGUGGCCGUGUCCCAGCAGGAGCAGUCCGUGGAUGUCCCGAUGGUUUCCUUUGAGGAUUUUGCCCUGCGCUAUCGCCAGAAUGUGCACAAGCAGUCCCAGCGGAAACGCUUGGAACAUCGUCUCCAUGCGACCAAGGUUUCUAUUGCCGUUUCCGCGCGUUUGACACGCAUUGGUGCUGCAGUCCAGCGCGGUUUGGUCGAAGGUCUGAAACAGGAUGAUAAGAUAAACUUUGUCAACCUCUACAACACCCUCCAUGAGCUCCAGGAAUCCUGUGAGUCUGCCACCAGGCGCCCCUUUCACCACCGGCAGGAUCCGUUGUUGGAAGAUGCCGCUGCCGUUGGCGAUCUGGAUUCCGUCUUGGACCGUUCCCCGGAUUUUUUCCGACAACUAAGCCCGCAGUCCCAGACCGAUUUGCUUGACAUCCUACAUUCCGUCCGUACGGAUCCCGAAUUUCUAUUUGAUCGACUGCGCAGCCUGACUGCUACGCAACUGGCCAGCCUGGUAUCGUCAGCCACGACGUUGGAGGCCCAUGAUCCUUCACUGCCCUCGAAUUCCCGAUCUCGAACGUACCCGCUUGCUUCUGCUUCAAAUACUUCUUCGUUUUCCUUUACUUCCAAGCGCAUUUCUUCUGGAUCUCCCUUUCAAGACCAUGCCUUGGCGUGUGAGAGGACGGAUGCGCUUGCGACACUCUUGUUUAAUGCGUUCGCAGCGCCCUUGGACGCAGAUUCGCCCGAAGCGCGCUUGCGCGUGGAUGUGUGGUCGGAUGUUUGUGCCAAAUUGAUAACCCAUGGUGGCAGCCGUUAUUAUCCGCUGGUCGGCCAUAUUCUGUCUGCCUGGGCCCUGUGCAGCGACUGGAAGGCCCGGUCCCAGUUUGAAUUGUACCUGAUGGAUAUCCUACAAACCGGUGCCUUUUUGUUGGAACAUAUAGACUCGCCAGCCGGCGUGGAUGCAGAGCCUAUAGACCCCUUGAGGACUAAUGUGGCCGAGGAAUUUUUUGCUUCCGCGGUGAACUCCCUGUUCAACCUUCUAGAUGAUUCAGAUGCCGGGUUGCCCCAUUCCGUCAUGGAACUUGGCAGUGCUAUAUUGCAGAAGCUGGGCCACACUGACUUACGCAACCGUUUCAUGGAGUAUUUCUUUGUUCAUUGGUUUUUCUCUAAAUUCCUUUACGGUGCCUUAACAUAUCCGGAGGUCCAUGGUCUUCUGCUCGAUUUCCAUAUUCGAAAGGAUGCACGAGAGAAAUUACUGGGUCAGGUCGGCUUACGAGCUUAUUCCCAGGUGUAUACCGUACUACGGUCAACACACCAUUCCGCGGGCCCUCUUCCCACGCUCCAGCAGCAUGUCGACAACAUGUUUAAUCGAUUCCAGAGCGUGGCUUCUAACAUGAAACCGGCGAAUGACAAGUGUUCCCCGACAGCCCCUGGAGAAAUACUCCAGCCGUCUUCGAUGUUCCUUAUGUUGUCAGCCACAGAUGUUCUGUCCCUUCUGAAUGCUCUCUUCCCCAGAGGUCACACCCCUGUGUAUCAGCCUUCGACCCCGUCCGUUGGAUCUCCCCUCAGCUCUUCGCCCAGCGGUCUUGGCGCUCAGCCUGGGUUCAUCCGACCCAGCACAGCUAGGCAAUCUACCAAUAACAAUUCACUCUUCUCUACAGAUGCUGAAUUUCUGUCGCUUCCAGAUAAGAGUCUCGUCCAAGCAGCGGACCGGAUCCGCUUCGAGCUAUCGGACUUGCUCGAGCCAGAUGAGCACCGCGCCAACUUGGAGCAUCCUUCCAAUGAAGACUGGACUAUCUUUUCCGUUCUUUCGGAUGGAAAGCGCUUGACUUGGGGCCUAUUUUCGGAUUACUCACCUAGCACUGUUUCUGAUGAUUCGUCUGGUGACGGUGUAAAAUCCUCCGCAUGGGGGGUAGAGCAGAACUACGAAGCAUUACAGACGGCUAUUGUGAAGCUUGUCAAAGACGGUCAUACUAAUGAUCAUCUGGACCAUGGUUAUCUGGAUUUGUCGUCUGCUGGUUCUUCUUCGAUAAGCAGUCAGUCCCUCAAACAACGGUUCGAUCGAGCGAUGGCAUAUUGCAACGAUGAGUCGGAUUUCAUCGGUGCGCAUUACUGGUGGAAUGCCGGUCGACAACUUGCCCGGACAGUCGCCAGCCCCCGGGCCACCUCCGCCGAUGACUCGUGGAUACUCCAUCCAAUGCUUGCUUCUUGCGCCCGCUCGCUGCAGACAGCGACUACUGUGAUCGAGCGCUGUGAAAGAGACUUUGUGGCUCUGGAUCGGAAGAUGCAGCGGCUGCAGAGAACCGUCAAGGAAAUCAUGAUCACAGUCACCAAGCUUCGCAACAAGAUGUGGUAUAUGACAGACGUGAAAAAUUCUAUGCGGUACGAGGAUGCCAAAAAUGUUGCACUGGCACUCAAGACAAUGAUCUACUCCGCGCGUCUAUACAAGAACGCACCCACAGAGUCGCGAUCGCGUGGCACGAGAUCAUUUGGUGGUUCACUGCUACAGAAGCCCGAGUUGCAGGUGAUGGACGUAAUCAAAGCGGCCAGCAGUCAGGGCGGCCCAAACAAGCUCUCAGAUGAGCAGGUAGACUUAACCCGCAAGUGGCUGUCUCAUAGCAACAUCGAUAAUUUCUGCAGAGGCGAGGAACGUAUCCAUCGGUUCUGCUACGAGGUCAAAACCAGCAUUAACCGUCUCGUCGGCGAGACCAUGUCUGAGACCCCGGUUUUAUGGUCUAGCGAGCUGUUUCAGAAAGAGCGGGCAAAGUUCGAGGGCUCUUCUGCGCCCCGAAAUUUCCUAGGCCUAUCGAACCCCAGCAUACGGCCGUUUGGCGUCGCUAGUGAAGAUUCUGGUUACCAUUCAACAUCCGCUGGAAGCGGCAACUCGCGUCAAUUGGCUUCGGCUUCGAAGUUGUCUCAGGAUCUUCCGGCACUUCAGAGCCUGUUCUCCGACAGGUGGAAAUCUUCCAGGGAUUCUUCUGUCGCGGACACAUCGUCGAUCAUUGGUGACUCGCCAGGGAAGACUGCCUCAACUACGACUGGUGAUUCUUGCAGCACGUUCUGGUCCUCGCCCCAUCCACCCACGCACUACGCAGCCAGCGCAUCGAGUCUAUAUUCCCGUCCUCCUUCCAUGCUCAGCGACAACGUCUCACAACCACCACGCCGUCGUGAACGUAACAAGACCCACGAGAAGACGGCUUUCUUGGACGGGCUGAAGCAAACACUCACCAGUCUUCUUCUUAGCGACCUUGGAUCUCCCGUGUGGAGCUGUGGAAGCGAGACAGACGCCUGGUUCGGGAAUGCCCUCGACAAAGAGCGCAUUCAGACACAGAUGGAGAAACGCGCGCGUGUUCAACGAUUCUACGAUGAGUAUGACGAGCGGUCUAGCCGACCCUCACUCAGUCGCACGCCAACCGUUCUUCGAAAGAGCAGGUCGCUCGAGCAGCCUCGAGAGGCCGGGCGUCCGGGUACCGCCACAGAGGAAUGUUCGACGGCAGCGACAGUCGAGGUUCAACUGCCGCCGUUCUCGUACGAAACGGUGUUCCGUCGGUUAAUAGACGUCUUCUCGCGGCACGGCAAUCCGUUUGUCAAGUUGCAGGCGCUGCGGGAUUUGCGAACCAUGGUUAUCGCGUCACUUGACACUUCGCACGAGGAACAGUUAAGUGAACGCGCACGAGAGGAUCCCGCGGGGCCAAGAAGAUCGAGCCGCUACAGCAUCUCCGAACCGCGGAGUGACAAAAAGGCCCAAGCGGAUGGCGGCCAAACCCCGACCACUCCUGCUGCCGAGUCAGUUGUCUUUGACUCGCGCCCAUCAGACUAUGCGGCAGGUCCGACUGAGAAUCAGAUUGUGGACGCUUUGCGGAGCUUGAUCCUGGAGAUCAAGCCCAAGACUGUUUUCCGCGACUUGCAGUUUAUCUCUGCCUUUGUCCCUGGAGACACGCUAAACAAGACUGACAGUGGAACGGCAUUCGUGCAAUUUGGUCUUGCUGCACUGAGCUUGAAGGACGAAGUGUGCAACAGCAUGGUCGAGAUCGCGGAUGAGAUCGUGUCGAACGAACUUACUCGCCGCCACUUACCGCAGGGAUCCGAUUCUCAUCGGCGACCUGGCCAUGCCAUUGAAGAUGCCGCGGGCAUGUGGAUAAUCACCGCCAAGGAGGGUAAUCCCGUCGCUCAGCGCGAGUUGGCCAUUCUCUACUUGACCCAUCCCGAGCUUCUUCCUCGGGUAACGCUGCCGCUGACAUUGCCGAGAGAUACUUUCAAGGCAGAGAUGAUGUAUCAUCGUGAUGAAGAUUCAAAGUCUGACCCGCAGAGUAUGUGUCUGGCACUGCACUGGAUGCAGUUGUCCGCGAAUGGAGGUGAUGAGCUUGCAAGGAAUCGACUACGUGAGAGGGAGGAGUUUGAGUCGAUUGCCUGA